AGAGGUUGGCCGAUUAUGGAUACCGCUGCUAUGAGUCAUAGCCUCGGGUCUUUUAGUUUUCUAAACGAUUCAAGCACAAAAAAAAUCAGUAUGAAGAGAUCAUUGAUACCUAGAAGGUUCUAAUGCACUCUUACAGAAGGUCAACUGGAGGCCAUUGCGACUCCUCGCCCACGGCUAUGCAGGGAGUGGCACGUGUGCACGGUAUUUUGCAAGACGGCUGGGCUCUCUUCUUAUGAGCACGAGUCUUUUUCUUACCCUACAGAAAAACGAGGCCGAAAUUUGGAAUUUCAAGCAUGUGUUUUCAGAAAGGGACUAAAUGACUCGUUUCAUCAGUAAUUUCUCAUUCCUGGGUAUGGGUAUGGGGCUUUUUUUUAUUUCUCAAGCUUCUAACGGAGGACUGUCGUUUGACUAUCUAUCAGUAGCUCUUUUGUGUCAGAAACCCACAGAUCAAGCGUCUUUAUUUUACGUUUUCCAGAUGGAUGUAGACAAGCGAAGGCGUGAACAACACGAAACGCGUAUGGCGAAAAGAGCCUCCACUUGACUGAAAAACGCAAAAAUAAAUUAAGAACACUCUCUCGGGCGUAAUUUAGGAAUUGUUUGGAAGCUUUGUAAACUGAGAGAAAUCCUGUAAGAACCAUGUUACGAGACUUGUAAAAUCGAGUCAUGGCAAAAAUGGAGUGUAGAAAAAUGAUUUUGACUGUAAAUGUCAUUGCAUAUAAAUGAGAAUGAUUUUUCAUGCAAUCGGACAUGUACAUACGCAUUCGAUGGAACCAUCUGAAAACAGACGGACAGUCCGAGGUAAGGCGAAACUGCCCGAAAUCAGUUGAAACCGUUCCGAAACAGACUAACGCCUGUCCAAAGUCGGAUUUUGACCCAUUCAUGAUAGUAUACUUUUAACAACGAAAAGGUUUUGUUGCGGGUUGUCGGGAGUAACAAGUUUUCGUUAAGUUUUUUUUCUGAAGAAUGUAUACAGUACAUACUUUCAACACUCAACGCGUACCGUUUUGCGCCAUGCGACCUUUUUUCUCAUAUCUUGUACUGUUUAUCUAUUUCUCAAACAAUCUUCUAUGGGAGUAAAUUUGAGCAGUUUACUUAAAAAAAAUAAUUUUAUUAAUUUUAUACAAUUUCUAACAUGCUGAUGUAUGGACUUUGUAUAUUUAUUUCACUAUUUCCGGAGGAGAUAGAAAUAACUGAAACAGCAUAUAUUAUUAUUGUUGGUUUUCUCGUGACCUCAUCAAAGGUAAGAAAUAAGGAAUUUUCAAUCCUUUUUUGAUUUUAGUUUAAUUAGUUAAUAGCAUUGCUUAAGGCUUAUCUUUUUACAAAUUUUCAGUUUGAUAGGUUUUUCUUGUCGUAAUAAAGCAAGGUUGAAUUUCAAAGCUUUCCGUGACACGAUAUCAAAAUGGCGGUCGAGAGUGCUGUAACGUAGGUAAAAAAAAGUCUUUCAUCCGAUGAGAUUUCGCAAUCUGAACAAUUCUUGUGUGAGAAUAAGUUCUGGUAUAGAUGUAUUUGAGCCUUCAGAUGACAACUACAGGCUUUUUCACAGCAAACCUCGAUGACAGAUGUUUUUGCUAGCUUCCGGCCGACAUAUUUGUGCCCCUUGGGAUAACACAGACAUGGCGUCUUUUAGCUUUUUUAAACAUUUCUUCGGAUAUCUCCAUCAAGAAACAACACACAGGCCUGAAUCUCUACGAGACUGUUUGAAUAUUCACAUCUCCUUUCAUCUCUUUGAUUCUUGACUCUGUUGAAUGGUUCUGAUGAAUGGUUCUGAUGUGACAGUGAAAACAGGCCAUUCUCCUGCUCAUUCCGCUGUUUUUGAAGCUUAAGGAGUUGUUAACAAAGUGGAAAAAAAAUUUUCCCCUCUACUGCUUAAAAAAGUAAGAAAGGAGUUCGAGAGGGUCGCUAGACUGUUAUGCUGCCUAGACGAGUCCAGGAAAUGCGGUGAGUUACGCAACGUAUUCGAUCCCAGAACUCUUCACGCGUCACAUUUUGGUGUCCGAGGGAAAUCUGGGUACGAGAAACUGGUAUUUCAUAAGUGAUGAAUCAGUCUUCGCUGGUUUGAACGAAUUUUUGUUUUACAUCUCGGGUUUUGUAUUGUACUUUAGUUUGGUGUUGGGGUUUUAUAUACUGUAAAAGAUGAUGUCUCAGACAGAACUUUUAGCCUGGUCGGAGCCGGACACGAAAUUUUUUGCCGACAAUCUACUAGGAGUUGAAGAUUGGGGAGACUCUAUCACAGAUGUGAAAUUUAACCCAGAUGACUUAUUUGGUGGGGGUGAAGAUGAUGAUAUGGAUUUAGAGGGCAAAGGAGAUCACCUGAGUGAAUUUCUAUCAAGUUUGGGCGAUUCUUCUUCCUCUUCGAUUAUUGAAGAUUUCGAUUUUCCAUCUGGUGUUUGCAUUAAAGAAGAACCCCUGUCUCCUUCCUCCUCAAACUCGUCUUGCGUGUCUCUUCCAAGUUCACCAGAAAAUCAGUUUUUAAUUAAUGGGGAGAGUUCACCAGUGCAUCAGCCAAAUGCAGAGUUUGAUUUAUCGCAGACAAGCUUACUCCCUGCUAGUCCUUCUUGCAUUAAGACGGAAGCAACUCUCGCACCACUUGCAUGCAAUGUCAAACAGGAGAAAAUACCCAUGCAGUCAUGUGGCGUCAAAUCCAUCCAGCCCAUGCCAGUGGUCACGGCUGUACCUGUCGGUAUCCAGAACGCACAGAUUGGACAUGCUACAACUAAACCUGCUGGAGGUAUUCCAGUAUAUAUUCCUUGUACUGGUUCACUACCGAGCAAUGGUGUAGUUUCAGUUGUAGUUGGGAAGAAUGUUAAUUCUGCAUUAACCAAACCAGUGAAUGUUGGCAUUACAAAGUCAAGUACCACCUCUCCAGAAACAGAUGCAAAAAUUUUGAAAAGGCAACAGAGAAUGAUAAAAAACAGAGAAUCUGCAUGCUUAUCCAGAAAGAAGAAGAAAGAGUACCUGCAAAGCCUUGAAAGUAAAGUAAAGGAGAUCUCAAACAUAAAUGAAUCAUUACGAGCACAAAAUGAAGGCUUAAAAAGAAGAGUCAAUGAACUGGAAGUAGAGAAUGCACUGUUGCGUAGCAAACACCCAGAGUUGACCAGCACCAUUAAGAAAUCCACGUGUGUUUUAGCUGUUGUUCUGUUUGUUGCUCUAAACGUUGGUCCUUUCAGCAACCUUAAGGAACAGUGGAAAUUUAACAAAGCAGAUCUGCUACCAGGCUCAGUUGUCCGUCAUGGAAGAGCCCUUCUUAAUUACCAAGGAGAUGGGGAUGUGAGUGACAUUGAUAAACCAAUAGCGUUUAGCCCUUUCAAUCAACGUCGUGAAAGAAAACCAUUUGCCAAGGCUCACCCUAGCAUGCUCAACACUUCUCACAAGAAGUCUUCACUGCUCAAGAGUAGAAAUGUAGAGAGAAAGGACUUAAUGGUGAUUAGGAACAAGUGGGACUUCCUUGGUGAUUCGAGGCAGAAGAGAAGGAAUACAAAACGAAACGAAAGGAAUCCUAAGUUAAGGAGAAAGAUUGCUGAGAAACAACAUAAUGCAACAUUGGAUGAUGAUCAAUUUUACUGCCCAAGUAAUUUAAACAAGACUGAAGUGAACAGGAUAAACGAGGCUCUUGUAGGUUGGGUAAGGAGAUAUGAAAAUCAGCAGAUCUUAAAACAGAAAAAACAAAGGCGUCGGCAGACUAAGAUGCAAUCUGCCAUCAAAGAGCUUGCCUUGAGACUGACAUCAAACUGCACAACAGAGGCCAAGCGAAAAAUAAGCAGGCACAAGUUUUUGCGGAAACAUAAUACUGCUUCAACACAUGCAGUGCAGCUAUUCCAAAGAGCCGAUAAAUUCAAAACGUUUGAGGAGGAAAUUAACAAGAAAUCAGAUACUUUGUACAUAGUUUCUUUUCGAGGGGAUCAUUUGGUAUUUCCUGCCACCGAGUACAACGCAACACAAAGGCCUAAGAUGUCAUUCAUGAUUAUGGCGCCACCUAACAGAACGGAGUGGCAGCGUAAUAACGCCAGGAAAACUGACUUAGUCACCAUGAUGCAAAUCGACUGUCAAGUUAUGGACACGAAAUUUAUUAAUAUCAAGAAGUCAAGUAUUCCUAUGCCCCACCCCGAUAGUUCUUCUUUUGGCACCUCGACACCAGUCUCCGUCCCUCGUGAUUUCAGCGCUCCGUCGGGGAAUACUUUCGUGAAACCUGCGAAAUAACUUACCUCGAUGAACACCAGAAAAUUAGGACUGACCGUACUUGAGGGCCUUGCAAAGAGAUAUUUCUAUGUCUUUUUUUAGUACUGGGUCUUUAAUGUGUAUUGUCUUCCACCAAACGAAUAAAAAUUUUUGACCCGUCAGAUGAUACGAUUAAAUCGCUCAAGUGCUUUCCACAUUUUCCACAUUAUUUAAGGUACCUUUUCAGUGAAACUAUUAAAGUCAUGCUAUCUCUCACACCAUGCAUUUAGGCUCGAUUUCUUCCGAAGAGCGGCUGUUUAUCGUGCCUAUUUCAGAUCUUGAUUAGAGAAUAUGGUAACUACCUUGUAUAGUUUAUGUCACCGUAGUUUUUAUACACAUGAAAUCCUGUACUUGUUGUAGAACUCGUCGAGCAGAUAUUGUCGAUGGACAAAGUUUGUAAUGUAUUAAAGUAAAAAAAAACUAAAGAAAUAAACUGAGUGGAUGUAA